AACGUGUUCAUGUGCAGUUCCUUCUCCAGGGCUUCUGCUGCUAAUCUUGAUACGUUGUGUCUUUUUCUCUCCCACACUCCCCAUUGCGCCUUCUCAUGCACUGGUUCCACGUUGGCACGUUACUCAAUCCGAACCACGGUACCCACCGACAUGAAUACAUUCGCAAUGGAAAGUUACCGCUUUACAAGUUUACAGCCGGCCCCGCUAGACAAUGUCACCGGAUACGGCGCGUUGCUACCCACCCUUCCUCUACCGGGCCACGGGACGAGGGAUUCUAUCCGCAUACAUUCAUGCGCAGAAACAGUUAACCCCCCGUCGCACACUGCGGGCGACUACAUAAGCUCUGGCUGGCGUGUCUGCGCAGAUGUUCCCUCGUCGUCCCUUGCACCCUCUCCCAACAUCUUACCCCGGCUUCAUCAGAGAAACAAUGGCUCCGGCGUUCCUGCGUUCGUUCAGUCACCUCCGGACGAUGUCUUUCGGAGGGAAGAACUCCAACGGAAACGCUAACGGCGUUGAUAGCGGAGACAAACCUGCGCCAAAUGGCUCGCUUACAUCCACGCCCGAGUUCAAGCUGGGGGACUUUGCGAUUGACGAGUCGCCGCCUAUCAAGGUCGUGGUUAUCGGCGCCGGGUUUAGCGGGGUCACUGCUGGUGUACGAUUGCCGCAGUACAUCAAGAACAUUGACCUGACGAUAUACGAUAAAAAUGCUGGGGUCGGCGGGACGUGGUACUCCAACCGGUAUCCUGGCCUUGCCUGUGAUAUCCCUUCUCACACCUAUCAACUGACCUUUGAGCCCAACACAAACUGGUCCUCGUUUUACGCGCCCGCGCGUGAAAUCCGCGCUUAUAUCGAAGGCGUCGCCACCAAAUACAAGCUCGAGCGCUACCUGAAGCUUUCGCACGAGCUCGUUCACGCGCGGUAUGACGAGCCCUCGGGCAAGUGGCACCUUCGCCUCCGUCGGCCCGUCCCAGCGACGGCUAAAUACACCCAGACUCCCGACACGAAUGGUGCCACAGAUACUAAUAACUCUAAUGGCUCCAGGAAGACAAAUAGGACAGCGGAAGAAGAGGAGGAGACGGAGGAGAUUGAAGAUACGGCUGAUUUCGUCCUCUUUUGUGCGGGCGGGCUGAGCCGGUGGUCGUGGCCUGAUAUCGAAGGGCUGCGCUCUUUCGAGGGGACACUCCUGCACAGCGCCAAGUGGAUGUCGGAUGACUGGCAAGAAGAUGUGAAGGACUGGGGGGACAAACGAGUGGGAGUUAUUGGUGUCGGAAGCUCAGCGCUGCAGAUUGUUCCCGCACUGCAACCCAAAGUUGGACAGGUUCUGAACUUCGUGCGCGGAAAGACGUGGCUGAGUCCGCCGUUCUUCUCGGAGACGCUUGCAGACCUGAUGAAACGUGACCCGGACUCGACAAACUAUACGUUCUCCGAAGAUGACCGGCGAAAGUUUAAAGAGGACCCAGAGUAUUACAAGGCGUUCCGACACGAGCUUGAGAACGUUAUCAACUCGAUACACCACACGACGCUCAAAGACCCAGAACGGCAGGUCAAGGACGAGGCUGAGUUCAGACGUAGCAUGGCGGAUCGUGUAGCGAAGAAACCGUGGAUCGCGGACCACAUAAUACCCUCGUUCCCUAUCGCGUGCCGCAGACUCACACCUGGAAAUGGGUAUCUGGAGUCUCUUUGUGAGGAUAACGUUGAGUUCAUCCCGAAGGAAAUCAAGCGAGUGACACCGAAGGGCAUCGAGACGGCAGAUGGGCAGCUCUAUGAGCUAGAUGUGCUCAUAUGCGCCACAGGAUACGACACCAACUACCAAUACCCGUUCCCCAUCGUCGGCCGCAACGGGAAAACGCUGCAGGAUCACUACACCCCGCACCCGGUAACGUACCUCUCGCUGUGCACGGACGGGUUCCCGAAUUGGUUCAAUACGCUCGGCCCGAACUCGGCGAUUGGAUCUGGUGCUCUGCUGUGCGUAAUUGAGAAGGAAGUCGAGUACGCUGCGAAGGUCGUGCAGAAGAUGCAGCGGGAGAGGAUUAAGAGUAUCGACGUGAAGAGAGAGGCAGUGGAGGAUUUUGACAGGUACUUGCAGGCGUACUUCCCUAAGACUGUAUAUAGUUCUAAGUGCCGGUCAUGGUAUAAGAUGGGCAAAGAAGAAGGCCGCGUCUCCGGUCUCUGGCCAGGCUCAAGUCUGCAUGCACUGCGAGCGUUUGAACAUCCGCGGUGGGAAGACUUUGACUACGAAUAUCAAAACACAGGCGAAGAGGGCUCUGCGGUAUCGAGAUCUAACCGGUUCCAUUGGCUGGGCGAUGGGUUCAGCUAUAACGAAAAGUACAUGGUCGGCGAUCGUGCAUGGUAUUUGCGAGACGACCAAGUGGACUAUCCACCAGUUCCAGAAUAAACUCUUGAAUGGAUUGCGUGCUCCGAGCUGGUUCUCGCAAAUCACACAUCAACUCGCGUGGUAUUCGUAUGUGUACAUGGAUU